AUGGAACAACUGAAAAACCUCGCGAACAAGGACCGUGCUGAUGACACUAAGAUGAAGAGCUCGUUGCUCAAGGGUGAUGGCGCUAACAACGAGAGGACUCAAGAAGUACAGGAAAGCAUGAAGAAAGUUACUGGCAAUCUCGAGACUAUUGAAGAUGCAGUUGGUCUGAAGAAUAACGAUCUCGGUGAUGAAGUGGCGGAGUUUGGUCAGAGGGACACGGGCCUGCUCUCUGGAGCAGGAGGAGCGGUGGUCCAGGCCGAGUCAUUGGUGUCUAAGGAAUUGAAGGAGGGAAGGGCUGGUAACAAGUUCGAUAUUGAGACAGCUCAUAUGGGCAAUAAUCGACGAAUAGAGAAGACUGAGGCUGAGAAGGAUCAUUCGGCGAUUUUAGCCAGGCAUGAGGAAGCUAUUUUUAAAGGUUUGGAACAUUCUGCUAAGAACAAUAUAUCGGGAAUGUUCAAGAAAGCUCAAGAGACUAAACUUAGAAUGACUAAGACCCUUUCCAAUGUGAUGGAUGAGCUGGGGAAGAUACAGAUGGACUUUGAAGGCUCUGAGGCUGGUGAUAGCAGCGAUAUUGCAAUUCGUCUUGCUCACACGAGACAGGCGGUGAAGAGCAUCCUACAGCUGUGGGAGGAAUACUCGCAAGUGAUGGGCAGAAAUUUGAAGCACUUCCAGAAAGAUGACACUGAGUUUAUUGAGCAACUCACUAUGAGGUUACAUCAGGCCAUGUUGAAGACCGAAGAUAUUCUCACUAAGUCCGUGGACGAGGUCAAUAAGCUCCACAGGAAGCUCGAUAUGGG